CGAUGCAAUCUUUGGAACAAACUACAGACGAAUUGGUAGAAACAAAGUCAACGUUAGAAAUCAUGAAAGCCGAUUUACAAAUGGCAAGAAAAGAUUUAGUUGAUGUUAAGCAAAGUUUUGCGCAGAUGAAGACGGAUUUGAUGACGAAAAUGGAAGGAAAUCGCAAAAUGUUGGAGGUGACCACAAAGGAUUUGGGCAACACCAAGACGAAAGUCGAAGGUUUAAAUGCAAAAUUGGAAGGGACUAGCAAAGGUCUAGCGGCAACAGAAAAAGAUUUAAAGGACGCUAAAAACGAGUUUCAGAACAUGAAAAAAAAUUUACAAGUUGCGACGAUUGCGGAGGUGAAGGCGAACGUCGGUGAUCUGAUGAAGAAAUUCAGUGAAACAGCGAGAAACGCAACGGUUACCAACGCCCUGGUGGCUGAUCUCAGUUUGCUGGUGUUUGGAGCUACGCAGAAUUUGGAAGCAACUGCAAAAGAUUUGGCUGCCACCAAGACCACAGUCAACACUAUGGGCGUGACCCUUAAAAAUACAAUGCGAACAUUGGACAUAACUCAAAUGGACCUCAAAGAUACAAAGACUAGAAUGGGAAAUUUAAAUUCAAAAUUAGAUGAUGCAACGAAAAUGCUCGCCUCCACUACGAAAGAUUUAACAAAUACCAAGACGAAACUCGACGACACUAGUGUUGAAUUGAAAGGUACCGUCAAAGUGUUGUCAGGUACUGCAAAGGUACUGGAAGACACUAAAUUGGAAAUUGGGAAUUUGACUACGAAAGUGGACGGUACUGCUUACCUCAUUGCAGCCAAUACGAAAGGUUUGGUGGAUGCAAAGACACAAAUCCAAGCCAUCAAAACAGACUUGCAAGCUACAUCUAAAACAUCAAGCGAAACAGGGAUACAAAUCAGGGAACUGUUGAGACAAAUGACUGAAACGGCGAGGAAUUUAACCGACACGAAUAUGAAAGUUGACAAUCUUGGCGUGAUAAUGUUCGGUACUACGCAAACGUUGGCGAGAACAACAAAGGAUUUAACGGAGACCAAAACUAAAGUAGAAGCUAUUGGCAUGGAUCUCAAAAACGCAACCCAAGGAUUUGAAAGGACUAGAAAUAAUGGCACGAAUUUCGAAGAUGAGCUCCUCACAAACAUCAAAGAAAAGUUGGAAGAAGUUGCGAAACGAGAGAGAGAAACAAAGUCUAAACUUGAAGGCCUUAGUACAAAUUUGAAUGUCACGAUGAAACACUUGACGGAAACUAAAACUGAAGUUCAAGUUAUCAAAACAGAUUUACGUGUAGCAUCCCAAAGCUCAACAGAAAACCAAAUGAAGAUUGGCAGUUUGGCAUCAAAAUUAGAUGCGGAAACAAGGGUCAUUUCCAUCGAUCGAAUCCCAACAUCCUGCAAGGAUCUGCAUCAAAUUGGGCACAGGAAAAGUGGAUUGUAUUCAGUAAUGGGAACAAAUCGAGUAGAGACUGUAUACUGCGAUUUUGCUAAAGAUCCUAAUGGAACAGAAUUCCAGAAAUGGAUUGGCUACGAAGACGUCCAGUCAGUGCCCACCUACUUUUACGUGAAAAAAGACGCUGAUUUUUCGGCCAUGAAUACUCCAAUUCCCUACGAGAUUGAAGUGGUAAACACUGGAAACGCUAUGGAUAAAUCAACUGGAAUAUUCACAGCUCCCCGGAAUGGCACGUACUUCUUCACUUUCAACGGGGUAGCCAUCUUCCCACCGGAGGCGUCCAAACUCGGAGCAAGUCUGUACUUUAACGGUACUCCGAUCGGGAUGAGUUUUACUCGAGACGGCAACCCUUCUGAAGAUCAAAUCGUUCCAGUUACUCUACAAUCAACACUUAAAUUAAAAGCAGGAGAUAAAAUCUGGGUUCAGAUUACUUACCUUUCCAAGGGUGUGGCAUUGUUUGAUGAUUCCGAUAAUCAAACUCAUUUCACUGGUUUCCUUUUACAAGAAGACAUUUCGUCAUUAUCUAACUAACAACGGGACUUAUCGAUUGGAUAAAUUA